AUGUAUCAAUGGAACCCGCAGAAGACACCAGUAUCCAACUCUUGCCUGGACAAUUUUCCGCCCGAGCAGCGUGCGUAUCUUCGGAAGCUCAUAGACUGCUUGCUCUAUGGUAGGAUCCUGGUGCAGUACUACAACUAUGUACUGCUCGCGAUACUGGCUGCGUUGACAGUUCUGCAUGUCCUGGAGAGGAGAAGAUGUAGGAGAAGAUGCAGACCACGAGAUACAACAAGACAAAGCACCAGCAGACUCAUCGCGAGCAAACCUCGUGAAGAAACGAGAGGUCUCGUCACAACGACUGCAUCUUCAUCUUCUUCAUCCUCAUCGGUAUCGUCCUCUUCCUCCUCCUCGUUCUCCUCUUCCUCAAGCACCUCUCCCAUACCCUCACCACCUUUGGCGGCCAAAGAUGCCCACAUCGACAUCGAAAGAGUGCCGCUUUUGGGCUCACAUCGAACACGCCCAAGACCCAGCCCUUUCACACGCCUCUUCAGCCGCCUUAGACAAUGGCUGGAGUACCAGCCUCCACCUCUACCCGUGAUCAACCGAACCCUGCCGUCGAACGCGACAUCUCUCUUCAUUCUCGCCUGGUUCUCCAUCAACAUCUUCUUCCUUCUCUUUGCAAUCCCUCUCCAGCUCGACUACUUCUUCUGCCUCGCCACCCGCGCCGGCGAUGUUUUCGUCGUCAACCUUCCAAUCCUCUAUCUCCUCGCCGCCAAGAAUCAGCCUCUCAAGCUCCUGACCGGCGCCUCAUACGAAGCCCUCAACAUCUUCCACCGGCGUAUUGGCGAGUGGAUGUGUCUCGUGGCCCUCGUGCACUCCGUCGGCGUCUUGCUAUGGCGGUUUGUUCUCGAACCUGAAUGGCUGCAUCGCAAAACUGAUUUAUUGGAAUAUCUCACCCACCCUCUCGUCCUGCGUGGUGCCGUCGCUCUUGUCUCGUAUGAGCUGCUCUUCUUCACCUCUCUCGGCAGCUUCCGCCGGCGCUGGUACGAGAUGUUUCUGGCCUCGCACGUCGUUCUGCAAAUCGUCGCCCUCUUGUUUCUGUACCUACACUUCUUCACUGCCCGGCCCUACGUCCUUGUGGCACUGGCCAUUUUUGUCACCGACCGCAUUGUCUGGCGUGUCGGGCUCAAAUCCGCGACGGUAGAUGCAGACCUCCGCGUUCUCCCAGAUGGCGAGACCAUCUUCCUAUCAGCAGAGUGGGACCGGCCACUACCUCGUUCCUCUUCCUCUCGAUGGAGGAGUCUCUGGCCUCGGCAGAGCAUCAGACACGGCUGGAAGCCGACCGACCAUGUCUUCCUCAGCGUACCGACGCUGGGUCUGACACAUAGGCUGCAGGCCCACCCCUUCACCAUCGCGUCCCCAGCACCACUGCCUCCAACGAGCCAGGACGGUGGUGAUGUAAAUAAUGCAGAGAGCGUGCACCACGCGCAGCCCGUCUCCCUGCGUCUGCUGAUUCGUGCCCACGAGGGGUUCACAGCUGAUCUGCUCUGCUGUGCUCACCGCCACCGCAGCGUUCGCGUCCGUCUCGAUGGACCGUACGGCUCCAGCCAUGCCCUCGACAUGUUGCAGGCCGCGGAUAACGCCAUUCUGGUGGCUGGGGGCAGUGGUAUCGCCGUGACGCUACCGCUCGUCUGGGCCUUGCUGCAGGAGGAGGCUCAAAUCCCAUGGGGUUCUGGAACUGGGAAUCACGUUGUUGGUGACGGUGACAAGGACGCUCCCGACUUGGGGAUGACGACGAGGAAGAAGAGGAGACGAACUGUCCGCAUGCUGUGGAUCAUCCACUCGGAGGAGCACCGCGCGUGGGUGCCUAGGGCGACAUUGGACGAGCUCAUCUCCGCUGGGCUGGAGCUGGUGAUCCCAAGGCCGACUUCUGUGGGCGGGCGCCCGGAUGUCGUGGGGAUCGUCGAGGCUUGGGCUGAGGGUUCUUGUUCUGAGGCCGAGUCUGCUGUCGUCGUGUCCGGACCGGAUGGGCUGAACAGAACGGUUCGGAAUACCUGUGCUGCGGCUAUAGGUAGGGGUGCGAAUGUUCGUCUUGCCGUUGAGAAGUUUGGGUGGUGA